GGAUUGGAGGGAAAGGUAGUCAUUGGACUAUUUGAAUAUAAAACGGUUGAGUAUGUGAUAUGUUGGACAGUGAGGUGCCAGUGAUUGGUGUCACUGACCAGGAUAUACAGCAAACCGUUAAUUUAUCGGAUAAUUCAAUCUAUAUAUGUGGGGGAUAUAAUGGUACAAAUAUUAGAUUAAAUUGUUAUAAAUACAACCAACACACCAGUGUCUGGCAAACCAUACAAUCCAUGUCCACUGAACGCAACUAUUAUGGUUUAGUUUCAUACGAUUCAAAAUUGUAUGCAAUGGGCGGCUAUAAUAUUCACGGAAGGCUUAAUAGCGUUGAAGCGUAUGAUAUGCAAACAAAUACAUGGAAAUCGGUUGCAUCGAUGAUAAUAAUACGCGAGCAAUUUGAUGCAACAGUAAUGAAUAAUUCAAUUUAUGCAUGUGGAGGAUUAAAUGUAAACGUUUCUAAAUUUUGUGAAUAUUAUUCACCGAUUAACGAUCAAUGGUAUGAAAUGGUAUCAAUGAAUACGGAAAGGCGUGGUCUGGCACUGGUAGCACACGAAGGCUUAUUAUAUGCUAUCGGCGGUUAUAAUGAUAGGGAUUACUAUUUAAAUUCAGUGGAAAGAUAUGAUACAUAUUCGAAUAAAUGGACACAAAUAAAACCUAUGCUUAGAAAAAGAUAUAUGUUUGGUUCGGCAUCAUUUAUGGGCAAUAUAUAUGUUUGCGGCGGUGAGGAUAUAAAUGUUACAACAUAUGAAUCGUGCGAAACAUAUGAUCCCAAAACAAAUCAAUGGACAACAAUUGCAUCAAUGAUAACUGGUAGACGAUUUUUUAAGCUAAUUGUUUUCAAUGAUAUAUUAUAUGCUUUGGGUGGAGGAACUGUAACUAAUUUUACGGAAACUGUUGAAGUAUAUGAUUAUAAUUCAAAUAUAUGGUAUUAUACACAAUCAAUGCCGGAUAAAUUUUAUGGAUAUGGGUCUUAUGGUGUAAUCGUAUGGGUUAACUGUUUACCCGAGGAAUGGACACCAUAUCCUAAUGUUUCCAAUUAG